AACUAAACUAAACUUUGAUUACCCAAAAAGAAACAAAGUAAAGAAAAAGGUGAAAUAUUAAAAAAGAAAAGAAAAUUGAAUGUGGGAAGAGAAGAGAUGAGAAAGAGAGAUCUUUAAUGAAAGAGCAAAAACACUGUCAUCUUACCAGUUGCGUCAUCAUCAACCCACAACACUCUCCUUCUCUUACUUUACUUUACCAUCCUCUUUAAAUUUUCCCGAGAAACAAAAAAAAAAAAAAUCGAAAAAGCUUUUUUCGCUGGGGUUAUUUCUUGAUUGGUCAGUUACUCAUCUCUCUCUCUCUCUAUCUCUCCUCGCUUGCUUCAUCUGUUUGGUCUCCUUCUUACUUUUUUUUUAUAGCAAGUACAUAGAAUUUUAAAAAGAGAAGUAGAGAGAAAGAUUCAGACAUGGGUUAGUCUUCAGUUUUCAACAAAUCCUCUUCUUCUUCUUUGGCUUUUUUAGGGUUAGGGUUUUUUAGGUGAGAGAGUAUGCGUGAGUUACAUCCUUUUUGAGCUACUCUGGAUUCUUUACACGACCGCCCUCUCCGCCGUCGCCGCCUCAACCAAGAAGAAGAAGAAGACGCCGAGCUUCCUCAAUAUGCCCAACCAAUGGCAGACGAAGCUCACAACUUUCUCCACCCUCCAGCACCACCACCGCCUUCUUCAAUGAGCCACCGCGAGGCGGCGAACGGCGGCUGCGGCGAGAUAGUCGAGGUGCAAGGAGGUCACAUUGUCCGGUCGACGGGAAGGAAAGAUCGGCACAGCAAAGUCUGCACGGCCAAAGGGCCACGUGACCGGCGCGUGAGGCUAUCGGCUCACACGGCGAUUCAGUUCUACGACGUUCAGGACCGCCUCGGCUUCGACCGGCCAAGCAAAGCCGUCGACUGGCUUAUCAAGAAGGCUAAAGCUUCCAUCGACGAGCUCGCUCAGCUUCCGCCGUGGAACCCCGCCGACGCAAUGCGCAACGCCGCCGCAAACGCGAAACCGAGAAGAACCGCCGCUAAAACUCGAAUCUCUCCGUCGCCGCCGCCGCCGUCGCAGCAGCAACAGAACCAGCUUCAGUUCGGUGGAUUCGACGGAGCGGCGGAGCAUCGGGGGAACGAGAACGAGUCGAGUUUUCUCCCGCCGUCGAUGGAUUCGGAUUCUAUCGCUGACACUAUAAAGUCGUUCUUCCCGGUGGUUGGCUCUUCGACGGAAGCUCCUCCUCCGAACCAGCUUAUACACAGCAACUACCAUCAUCAUCACCCACCGGAUUUGCUUUCUCGAACUAAUAGCCACAACCAAGAUCUCCGUCUCUCGCUGCACUCCUUCCCGGAUGGUCCACCGUCGCUUCUCCACCACCACCACUCCGCGUCCGCCUCCACCGCCGAGCCAGUUCUGUUCUACGGGCAGAGCAAUCCGCUAGGGUAUGACACGUCGACGGGUGGUUGGGAGCAGCAGUCAAUUCAGAGGCUGGUGGCUUGGAACAGCGGCGGAGCAACCGAGACAGGAAACGGAGGAGGAGGAGGAGGAGGAGGGUUUCUCUUUGCUCCUCCAGCUCCUUCGACGACGUCGUUUCAGCCAGUACUUGGCCAAAGUCAGCUUUAUUCUCAGAGGGGUCCCCUUCAGUCCAGUUACAGUCCCAUGAUCCGUGCUUGGUUUGAUCCUCACCACCACCAUCAGUCCAUCUCCACCGAUGAUCUCAACCACCAUAUUCCUCACCCGGUUCACCAAGGUGAAUUCUCUUCCGGUUUCCGCAUACCAGCACGGUUUCAGGGCCAAGAAGAGGAGCAGCACGAUGGUUUCUCCAACAAACCGUCAUCUGCUUCCUCCAUUUCUCGCCAUCGUUAACAAUCCAAACAAUUAUCCUCUUUGUUCCAGGGCUUGUCAAGCUUCCAUUCACAUUGAAAGCUUUGGCUUAGAUUGUUCGGAACAGGGAUGACGUUUGUAUUCAAUGGCUUGAAAGAAAAAAGGCAGGAAAAGGAUGAAAGAGUAGAGAAAAAAGACCAUACAGUCUCAGGUUCUUCUUCUUCCAGUAUCCUCCUGACCUUUGUCAUUUGUAAUUUUCAUCUUUUUUACCUGUAGCUCAGUUAAGGUUAGAUUCCAAGGUUUCUUUCUUGUUGUUGUUGUAUCUGAAAACCUUUUUGUUGUGUGUUGUAUCAUCAUCAUCAUCCUCUUGUUACUCCAAUAGCCAGAUACUUGAGAAAUUUCAGUUCCCUGUUCUUGUUCUCCAUGGAUGCUGUAAUAAAGUCUUGCACUUUCUCUUUUAUUUUCA